ACAAUACUUCCUAGUGGAGAGGAGGUGUAUCUGGCACUGAUAUCAGCCGGGCUAUCAGUACAGAAUUCCCUUUUACCCCCAGUUGUCUUACUGUUUGGUGUGUCUCCGUGUCCUGAACACCACAGACCUGUUAUAGUGUGAAGUCGCCGGUUGUACAGUCUGCUGUUUUUCUAUGUUUGCUGUGGUUGACUGACUUGGAAUUAGACCCUGCUUGCUGUGUGAACAAUGUCUAUGAAGAUAGGUUUCCACGCUCCAUCUCUCGACACUGUCAAAGGGAUGUACGAGCGGUCGUUGAACCAGAUCCUACAGGUUUUGCGGAGGAUAAAGUGUCUAACAUACGGCAUGUUCCUGAUAACCUUCACAACUCUCGUCCUGUAUCUGGUCAGGGAUGUUAUGACAGUUCAUCUCAUCUCUCAGCAGGCUUCAUUUCCGGUGACUAGAAGACACCCUGGCUUUGCUGCCUCGAUACAGAUGGAGUUCCGUCAAGAGUGCUCCCCUCAGCAGAACAUUAUCUUCACUAAAACCCACAAAACAGGCAGUAGCACCAUCACCAACAUACUUCUCAGAUACGGGGAAGGUAACAACAGGACCCAGCUACUGUACAAGUACCCCUCCAGUACGGAGUUCAAGAAACUGGUCCCUGAACGACUUCUUACCGGUCGCUCUACGGCCAACAUCUUCGCGCAGCAUGCCAAUUUCGACCAGGGUUUCCUCAAACGUCACAUCUAUAACACCUCUAAAACUUUUACCAUCCUACGCUCCCCUGUUUCACAGUUCCUAUCAGCGUUCAGCUUCUUCGAGAAGACCCGGCUGUAUCCAGCAGAUACCUUCGAGGAGAGCAUCAAACUCUUCUUCAAGAGUCACGGUCACGACAAGUACCUCACUGAUUCCUGGUUCUGUAAAAACUGUGGAAUGUUGGUGAACGCCAACAGCAUGGACAUGGGGUUCAACACAGAGGGCUACGUCACAACAGAGAACCAGGAAAAGUACAUGUCUGACUUUCUGGAGGAAGCCUCGCGCACGUGGGAUUUAGUGCUGAUAACCGAGUACUUUGAUCUGUCACUAGUUCUGCUGAAGAGACGGUUCUGUCUUCAGUUUGAGGAUAUCUUGUAUCUGAGAUCUCUGGAGAGGAUAAAGAAAGAGACAGUAGAGGAGCCCUACACGCUUGCUAAGAUUGCAGAGAUGCAGAAGUUGGAUAUAGCGCUCUAUGACUAUUUCAACGCUACAUUUUGGCGGGAAGUGGAAAAAGAGGAGGGAAUUUUUGAGGAGUUGGCUAUUUUCCAAAAACUGAAUAAACAAGUUCAGUCCUUUUGUGUUCAAGGUUCUAGAGUUGGAUACCAGGGAACGUACGCUAAUGUCCUCUCCCCGAAAGGGAAGGAGAACUUCCAGUGUGUUGCUAUGAACACUAGAUGUCUAAACUUCAUCAGAUUACUAGAAGCAAGAGAUGAUAUUGCGGUUAAAGAUGAAGAUAUGGAGGAGAUUUCACUUAAGUACACUGAUCCUGACAGUUUAAAUCUAGAUCAAGUUACACAUAUGGACAGAAAUGAUAACGUCAUUGAUUUAGCUUACAAAAAUAGAUUUAGGUUUUGAUUCUUGUAGACAAUUUUAGGUUUAUCUUUAGUUAUAAUAUUGAUUCUUAAAUGGGUAGAAUUUUUUAAUGAAAAUCUUCUCGUUGAUCGAGAAGUUGAAUAUAGAUUAUAGGAGUUUUAUAUAAAUGCAUAAUUCGUGAAUUAUUAGCAUUUUAAUGAAUAAUAAUCUCAACACUUAUUUUACUUCGGACAUUCCAACAGCCACAUUGUUACACAAGUGUGUAACCAGCCAAUUACAGGAAGCCGAAGGAUUCAAUUAUACAUUAGGCCAGUGACGGUUAAGGUAGUGUGUACCAUACUUUCUUCGCCCGAGACUUUGCUGCAAUGGGCAGCUCCUCAUUUAACCCUCACACCCGAUUUCUCGAGUAUUUGGCUGAGUGGACCGGGGGGCUGCAUAGACCACUCAGGAUCUUUAGCUGAGCGUCGACGACGCUCACCCCACGGCUAGUGACAGAGUCGGGAAUCGAACCUGGUACCUCAAGCAAUACCAGGCGGAUUAACCAACUGAGCCACUAAGCCGUGAAAAGCCACUAAGCCGUGUGAGCCACUAAGCCGUGAAAGAUAAUAUGAAAAUAUUCAGUAAGCGUAUCAGACUUGCUAAACUGAAUGUUUAACGACUCAGUUUAUUUAAAUAUUCAGUUUAAUGGCUGCUACAGAGGUAAGUAAGAAACGAAAGUAUUGUUUUCAUUUGUAAACUUAGUAUCACCACAGAAGGGUAACGGCAGAAGGUUUUGCGGGUUAACUUAUUUUUAAAAGAAUCUCUUUGUAACAUGAUAACUUUAAAUCUUAAUAUAAUUAGUAUUCGAAAUAUCUAUACACGGUGGUUCUUUUAGAAUAAAAUCACAGGGAAAUCCUGUGGUUUUCAGGUCCAUCUUAAUUGAAUUUCGGUUGAAAGUUUGGGAAUCGAGUUGAAUCAAAACCGCAACAAAAGCUGAGGUGACUACAGUAACUAUGGUAACUGCAGUAACUAUGGUAACUGCAGUAACUAUGGUAACUGCAGUAACUAUGGUAACUGCAGUAACUAUGGUAACUACAAUAACUAUGGUAACUGCAGUAACUAUGGCACCACAAAAGGUGAGCGUUGGACAGGGCGUUCUGAUUAAUGAAAUAUGUUUUUAAAGUUUUUGUCUGGGUUAGUGUCUGUUGAAGAAAAAUGAGUGACAGAUUCGCUGGAUAAUGUUUGAUUACUAAUAUCUGUCUUUAUAGCAAGAAGAUCACAGUAUUUCAUGCUGUUUUUAAAUUUCUGUCUAAAGUUUAACCUAGUGUUAACUAGGACUUAAGUGUGAAGGAGAACUCCGUUUUUAAAUUAUUGAGAUAUUGAAUGAUUCGAUAUUUUGUCCUAAAAUUCAG